AUGCACAAACUCGACCGAAUAGGUGUUAGUGGAAAUCUCCAGAAGUGGAUUCAAAGCGUCCUACUUGGCCGCUCUCAAACUGUCCAUGCCGCCGACCAGCAGUCGGCAGAAGUUGCGUUCGAGAGCGGUGUUUCCCAAGGCUCUGCCCUUGGCCAUAUACUGUUCCUUAUGUACGUCAACGACUGCGUCCGUGAACUGUAUUGUGAUGUUACUAUGUUUGCCGAUGAUAUUAAGAUUUGGAACAUCAUCAGAAAUGCAGCUGAUGAAGAGCCUUUGCAGUAUCUGCACCAAAUCCAUCCCAUAUACAUGCAGCUCACUUAUGUCGACUACCAACGGAUAGCUGCGAUAGUGGCGAAUUCUCGUGUUUUCUUCGCGUUUAUGACGGCCUCGGAAAUCGGCAAGGGCUUAUCGUGGUCGCAGCAUCGGCAUCUCGAGGAGCUCGAGACCUCUACGACACCUUCCUCCGUGUCCAAGCGGCUAUACGGCCGCUAUCCGUGCUAG